CUAUUUACAAUAAACAGUAAACAAACUUGUUGCUUUAUACCAGGACGUGUUGUGAACAUGACGUGUUGUUUGGUUGGGUUUGUUCCUGCGUAGGUUUUCGGACUUGUUGAGUUGGUAAAGUUGUCUGGCUGUGUUGUAUGUAGUGGGUGGACCGGCCCCGGCGGAGGGCCCAUUGUCCCAGUUUUAGCUGUAGGCGUUGUUGCACGUUAGGCCUGCCUGUCCGCUCCACAUCAGUUCCAGCAUGGAGGCAACAGGACCACCAUGUCGUCCCCCGUGAACACAAGUUUAACCCAAAUGUCGCGUUUUUCGCUGGACUGGGAGGAGCCAGUACCCUCCGAGGCUCACCUGCCGUACUACAGCACAGGCAGCAGUACGACCAGCGGGAUGUCUGGCACCCCCGUGACCCCGCAGGCGACGCUACAGCGCGUGGGUUCGGUGCGGGAGAAGCAGUCACUGCGGGCAGUGACGAACAUCGACCCCGAGAUCAAACCUGGCGAAUACGUACUGCGGAGCCUGUUCACUGAGUUCACCGUCCAGGCAGAGAGGAAGAUAGAGGUCGUGCUAGCAGAACCACUGGAGAGGCCACUGUCCAAGUCCCUCCAGAGGGGGGAGGACCCACAGUUUGACCAGCUGCUGAGUUCACUGAAUGCCGUGGCUGAACACUGCCUGCCGUCGUUACUGCGUACGCUGUUCGAGUGGUACGACAGACAGAAUGGACCAAUGGCAGAGGCCAUGGAGGGCGGGAUGGAGGAGCCACGCCCCAGGACCAACACCAAGAGCGGGAAAGGGUACGGCAGCUCAAGAGAGAAAGACAAAGACUAUCUGUAUGAAAGAAGAGAUCUUGCUGUGGAUUUCAUAUUCUGCCUUGUCCUGAUAGAGGUUUUGAAACAGAGUCAUAUCCACCCCAUCCCUGACAGCCAAGUCAAGACCAUCGAGAACCUGGCCUUCAAACACUUCAAACACAGGGAAGGACAACAGUCAUCGGUUAACGCCAGUAACCUUCACAUCAUCGCCGACCUUUAUGCAGAGGUCAUCGGAGUUCUCACACAGUCUGAGUUCCACUCGGUGCGUAGAAGGUUCAUGUCGGAGUUAAAGGAGCUGAGAAGUAAGGAGCAGAACAUGCACACCACACAAGGGGUCAUCGCCCUCAUCAUGGGCAUGAAGUUCUUCCGGGUCAAGCUUUUUCCAGUGGAGGAUUUAGAAGCGUCAUUCCAGUUCAUGCAGGAAUGUGGGAAGUAUUUUCUGGAGGUCAAAGACAAGGACAUCAAACACGCCCUGGCAGGGCUCUUUGUCGAAAUCCUGGUUCCUGUUGCUGCUGCUGUGAAGAACGAUGUGAUGUUGAACCUGCCAGCCAUCAAGUGUUUUGUGGAGAUGUUAUAUCAGCACACCUUAGAGAUGUCUGGGAAGAAGAAACAUGCACUGGCCCUGUUUCCCCUGGUUACCUGUUUACUGUGCGUGAGUCAGAAGCAGUUCUUCCUCAACAACUGGCACUACUUCUUGUCCAACUGUCUGUCUCAUCUUAAGAAUCGUGAUCCUAAGAUGUCCCGAGUGGCACUGGAGUCUCUGUACAGACUACUGUGGGUCUACAUGAUCAGAAUAAAGUGUGAGAGUAACACCCAGACCCAGAGCCGUCUGCAGAACAUCGUUAACAGUCUGUUUCCGAAAGGUUCCCGCAAUGUCGUCCCCCGUGACACCCCGCUCAACAUCUUUGUCAAAAUCAUCCAGUUCAUCGCACAGGAGAGACUGGACUUUGCUAUGCGGGAGAUUGUGUUUGACCUUCUGUGCGUUGGACGACCUUCAAAACUGGCACUCUACCCAGAGAGGAUGAACAUUGGUCUGCGUGCAUUCCUGGUGAUUGCAGACAGUCUGGAACAGAAGGAUGGAGAACCUCCGAUGCCAUCCACGGUUGGAGUCCUCCCAUCCGGUAACACCCUGCGCGUCAAGAAAACCUUCCUCAACAAAAUGUUGACAGACGACACGGCCAAACAGAUCGGGAUCCAACAGUAUUACCCCGCCGUGCGGAAAUCGCUGGACGGGAUCCUACGCGCUCUCGACCUACAAGUGGGACGGUCCAUGUCCAUGACGAACGUCCAGUGUAUGAACAAGGAGCCAGAGGACAUGAUUACAGGGGAGCGGAAACCAAAGAUUGACUUAUUCCGUACGUGCGUGGCCGCCAUCCCGCGCCUGAUCCCGGAGGGCAUGAGUAAAGCCGAGCUGAUUGACAUGCUGUCGCGCCUGACCGUGCACAUGGAUGAGGAACUGCGGAAUCUCGCCUUCACGGCGCUGCAGAAUCUCGUCUUGGACUUCCCCGCCUGGAGGGAGGAUGUUCUUAAUGGUUUCAUAGCCUUCGUGCUGAAGGAGGUCCAUGACACCCACCCCCUGAUCCUGGACAGCUCGCUGCGCAUGCUGGUACAGUUCCUCACCCACUGGCGGACAGCAGACCAGGCGCUGUACGACAGCCGGGACAAGUUGUACGGCCCCCCUGAUCUGGCCCCCCACAUGCCGUUUGACCGCAGCCCCCACGCCAGGGUGCUCCACAGGGUGGAGGGGUUCGCACUGGUCAUCCUGUGCAGCUGCCGACCGGUCACCAGGAAACUGGGGGUCAUCAUCCUGAAGGAAGUCCGGACACUACUGGGCACGACAGGCAGGUUCAGUACAGAAGAUGAGACCUGUAUAGACGUGAUGGACAGGAUCUGUCCUGCAGUGGUGGAGACUUGUUUACCAUUCCUGGCAGCAGCAGAGAAGGCUGCUGUCCUUGCCACACCCACCAUAGACCUUCAGUGGUUGGCUGACAGACAAGCGUGGAUCGGUGGCGUACACGACACGGUCGGCGAGCCCCACCCUAAGGUGGUUGUUCCCCCGCCGUGGAGCGCGUACGUGUACGACCCCUGGUCGCUGUGUCUGGCGGGGUUCCUGUGGUACAAGAACCUCCCGCUGCACUGUCCAGCUGCUGUCAGUUUCGCCUGGCCUGACAGCUACUGUCGCCUGACAACGCUGUUCUCACACAUCGACCCAAACAACCCAGCCAACCAGGGCGGGAGUCUGCGAGGCACCAAGAAGAUGCCGUGUGCGACAGACGAGUACAUCGGGCUGUGGCGGAACUACCUGGUGUUCGCCUGUCGUAUCGCGCCGCCGAGCUGCGGGCUGGUGGCCAGGCCGGUCUCUCCGGACAUCCUCAGUGCCUCACCAGAUAGUCUGUCAUCAGAACGGGCAGAUAACAAGGUAGAAGUUUUUUUUAAGGCUAGUGUGGUUUGUGCCCCCUCCCCCUCAGGCAGUCAUCUGUUCAAACUGCUGGUGCCCCUGAUCCGGUCAGAGAGUGUGGAUGUACAGGGGGCCGUGGUGGCCGGGCUGGGGAGAACCAACGCUCACGUCUUCAGAGAGUUGAUGGAGGAGAUGCACUCCCUGAUUAAGGAGGCUCUGGAGAGGAAACAGGAGAACAUGCGUCGCCGGCGCAGACGGGACUGUCUGAGGGUCCAGCUGGGCAGGAUCCUGGAGCUGGUCGCAGACAGCGGGGUGUUCUCAGACAGUUGUGCAGGCACACUUGACAAGGACAGUAACAUGCUGGUGCCCCUGUUUGUGGAGUACAUGGAUGGCAUGAGGAUGUUCCUGGAGUCAGAGGGAGACAAGGACUCGCCCACCCUGCAGGACAUCCGGCUGCACUUCAGCGGCUUCGUGCACAAGAUGAUCCGCUCUAUACCAGUGGACAAGCGGCACCCCCUGUUGACCCAGGAGCUGCGCUACAGCCUGUUCUUCCUGCUGGCUAACUGGUGUGGGCGGUUCGGCGUGACAUUCGGCGCUGUCGACAGCACGUUAUCCGGCCGCACGGAAGCAAACAAGGACCUCAAACUGUCGUCUUUACAGAAACUGCCCGACGACCUUCCCCUGACAGCGAGCUGGGCUCCUCCAGGCCGGUUCUGUCGUCUUGACGAGAGUCUUGAAGACUUUGGGAAGACGUCGUUCAAGGCUAUGUCAGCAGUGCUGUGCUCAGGGCCGGUGUUUGACAGCACUGCGCUGUCACAAGAUGGGUACCUGUACAACUGGCUGGACUCCAUACUGGACUGUCAGGAUGACAGGGUUCACCAGCUGGGGAGGGAGACUGUUGUCCUUCUGUUGACCUUGAACCCAGAGGUGCCGACCGUGCUGAACUGGGCCGUGGACCGCUGCUACACGGGGUCACGAUUGGUCGCUGCCGGGUGCUUCCACGCGCUGGCAGCUGUGCUGUGUGAGAGGGACUACCCAUGUGAUAUGGUUGCCGUCCUGAACGUCACCCUGUUUAAGACCGGCGACCCCUGUAACGAUAUCCGGGACAUGGCGCUCCAGCUGCUGCAGGUUUUGGAUAACCGGUUCUUCGGUGAGCCUGACAACCCAGAGGACCUGUCGGGCAGCACUGUGACCUUGACUGGCUCCCAUCUCCCAGCGACCUUCACCAAGUCCCAGAUGUUUCUGUCCCAGGAGCUCUCCAGACAACACCCGGAGUUCACCAUACCCAUGUUCUCAGAGAUCAGCCAUCGCCUCCACCGCGCCCACCCCGAGGGUCGACAGGUCAUGAUGGAGUACCUGUUGCCAUGGCUACAGAACCUGGAGCUGGUGGACGAGUUCUUCUCGCCGGCGUCGACGGUGUCGAGCCAGGACCGGCGCGGGGACCGGGUGCUGCGUGGAGGGUGGGGGUCGGUGCAGGCCACCAACAUGGUCCUCAACAACCUGCUGUACAUCACUGCUAAGUAUGGGGAUGAACACCCGCGUGCUGUGGAACAGUUCUGGGCGACGAUGGUCCAACACUGGCCCAACAACCUGCACGUUAUCCUGGAGUAUCUCAUUAACAUGGCCGGGAUCACUACACAGCCGGACCUGCUACCUUAUGUUAAAAGAGCGGUGAUCUACCUGUGCCGUGCCAAACCAGACCAGAUGGUGGAGGAGCUGAUGAACGAGCUACAGUCAGUGGAGAUAGUGAACGCGGUUGCAGAGCGGAUAUCGGAGCCCCCGUACUACCGCUUGAGCUGCAGUCGGAAGACGUCGUCGGCGAGCACGGGUUCUGCCGGCAUGGAGAGUCCCGGCGAGCUGCCCCACGGAGAGCUGAGCGGGGCGGAGAGCCACACGCCCAGCCGGCGGUUCUCUUCACACUCCAUGCACAAAACUGAGGAGGCAACAGGUGUGAGCAGGUCGGAUUCGGUGAGCUCACACCGCAGUACGGCGUCCCAGGGUUCCAUAUCAUCCUGCAUGUCUGCCGCUUCCCAUGAGGCCAUGAUGAGACAGCAACCGAUGGCAGAGGCUGAGAAGAGUAAGGAACAAGGGAACACGUACGCCCAGUGGAAGUCCCUGUUCGAUGGCGGCGGUGGUCCUCUGCCCCUCCCCAUGCCGGAGAACGGCGGGUACUACUGCCCGCUGUCCGAGUACCUACGGGAAACGGCUACAGUGCCAGUCGGACUCAGCAGGUGUAACCUGGGUGUGGUACUGCUGGCUGAACUGGUGCUGGACAGAGUCCAGGUGGAGUGGACAGUCCACCUACCACUCAUGCUGCACACACUGUUCCUGGGAUUAGACCACUCCCGCUCCAUGGUCCACGAGCACUGUAAGAAGUUACUGCUGAACCUGCUGAUCGUGCUGUCCUCUCACAACGACUACCUGUGUGUGGCACGGACUCUGCUGACCAACCGCAUCCUCAGUCAGAUCCACUGUCUCUCCGUCCUGCCUCCGCUGGCCAAGGACUACAACUUCAUAGCAGACCCCCAGGUUGGUGACUCGGCCCUCCCCACGCCGGCGUCAGACUCCGGGAUGAGCAGCAGCAGCCCGUCCUCCAGUGUCAUCAGCGGCCGCAGCGCCACACCCCCACCGGUCGCUGACUCCAACAUGGUGGACGUCAACACGCUCUCGGAGGUGGACGAAAGUGCCAAGGCUCUCAUUGAAUUCAUCACCACAAGAUCGUGCCGGCCCCUGUGGUGCUAUGAGGACCUGACGUCUCGCCAGUUCACCAUCCGCAGUGCCGAGCAGAUGUGCACGUUCCUGCGCCACGUCGUCAGGAUCUUCAGCGAAUCCCUGCCCGGAUCUCACCUGCAGGAGCGCUGGGGUCAGAUCGCACUUCACAUGGCGCUGUCCUGCUCCUCACGACACUACGCCGGCAGGUCCUUCCAGAUGUUCCGAGCGCUCCAGGUCUCCGUGACCUCUAACCUCCUGUGCGACAUCCUGGCGCGGUUGGUGGAGACCGUGGCCGACCCGGGGGAGGACAUGCAGGGUUACGUCACAGAAAUCCUCCUGACGCUAGAGUCCCUGCUCGACAAGAUCGCGCCAGAGACAUCGCCGCCAGACUACGCCGCUCACGACCGUCUGCGCGCCAGCUCGGAGUCCAUCUCUAGCCUGCACUCUACACCCAACCUGCACCGGACCAGUAUGUGCAGCAUCCCGGCACGGCCAAACAGCGCCGCGUACACACACCAUCGCUCCGCAUCCAUGUCAAAGGUCAAGUUGCACCUGGCUUCACCUAUUGAAAAGACUGAUCAUCACAGCAACCGUAUGUUAGUGGAGACGCGCACACAGAGCUACAACACACUCCCGCGCUCCCGCAGCACACAGUCCAUGAAGUCUGCUGCAGAGAAGUUCGACACACGACACAACCUGCUGAGUCAGCUGUUCUGGGUCUGUGUGUCCCUGCUGGAGUCAGACUACGAUCACGAGUUCCUACUGGCACUCAAACUUAUGGACAGGCUGCUGAGUGAGCUGCCCCUGGACAGGUCAGACUGUGUGGACGAGGUCAACAGGGUCAGGAACAAACUCAAGUGGACCAACUUCCCUGGCAUGCAGAUGCUGCUCUUCAAGGGCUUCACCUCCCCGCUGACAUCUGAGCUGACCCUCCAGAUGGUGGCCAAACUGACCGUCUUCUCCACCCUGCCGGUGGUUGACCCCUCUGAGGCAGCAGGUUUUCCCCUGAAUGUCCUUGCACUGAUGCCAUACCUGAUAAAUCACUACGACAGUCCAGACAAGUUCUGUACUGAGUGUGCUGAGAACAUUGCAGAGGUUUGUUUAGAGAAGAGUAAAAAGCUGCACAACCUUGCGCACAUCAUGAGCCUGUACAGUAACCACACCUUCGGGAAGCCCUGUAAGUCGUGGGUGUCUGCCGUGUGUAAGUACCUCCACGACGCGUACUCCGACAUCAGCCUCACUCUGCUCACCUUCCUGGUGGAGAUCCUGGAGAAGGGCAUGAUGGGUACCCAGCAGGCCGUGCUGCAGCUGCUCUACAGUCUGCUGCACCAGGUUGACCUCGGCACUGCCCCGAUCCACCAGAUGAAUGCUGACCUCCUGCGCAUCAUUGCCAAAUACGUCCAGAGUAACCACUGGCAGGAAUCGUUGAACAUCCUGAAGCUUGCAGUUCAAAGGUCGUCUACGCUGGUCAGUCCCGAGGACAUCCCUGAGCUCAAGGACAUCAAGGAGAGUUCUCUGUCCCUCACCGACAUCGACGUGUGUCCAGUCAAGAGAGACCUGCCGGGUCCCACACUCGAGUUCCGCUUCGAUGUCUCACAGACACCGAUUAUCGGCCGCCGUGUCCAGUCCCCGCAAGCUCAGCCCGACGUGGUGGAGAUCACGAUAGAGGACGGCGCAGACGACGCUGAUGAGGACAGCAAGGCAGCGCACGACAGCGGGGACAGCUCCAGUCAGCGCCAGUCCUCCUCCAACACAUCCACCCUGUCCUCAGCCAGCACCGCUGUCGGACACGGCUCCUGCAUGAUCCCUGUCUGCUGGAAAAAACCUCACCUGUCUCAGAGGCGAACAAGAGAGCGGCUUGUCAACGUGCUGUCCAACUGUGGGCAAAAUGUUGGACUGCCUAAGAGUCCCUCAGUGAUCUUCAGCUCCAGUAGUGACCUGGCCCUGGACAGACAGACCAGCAUGUACUCGUCCAGUGAUGAGGUGUCCCCGCCCGACCUGUUACCUAGCGACAACAAGAUGGAGGAAGGUACGAGCGGCGAGAGCGGACAACACUUCAUCUUUAAGGACUUUGACUUUCUGGAUGCAGAACUAGAGGAGGCUGAGAACUCCAGCGGAAGGCAGUCGGAAGGUUUGGACAACUUUAACUGGGGCGUGCGCCGACGGUCGCUUGACAGCGUGGAAAACGGCGAGGGGUCGCUGCAGGGGUGUCAGCUGUCCGGGAGCGUGCCCAGUCUGGCCUCCGCUGACAUGAAGGACGAGUCAUCGGAUGAUGAGAGUAUCUCCCCAAGUGAGGAGGCCUUGCCAGCGACGAUAGACAACCUGCCCAGCGCCUCGGCGGAGCACAAGCCGCUCCACCCCACCAACACAGCCGACACCGCCGACGGGACGGACGACCAGCUGCCCUCUGAACCAAUCAGCAUGGAAGUGCACAAGGACCAGUCCAGUGCCCUUUCCAUUUCAAGUGUGUGUAGCGAGGGUGACGGUGCAGACACAAGUCCUGGCACGUCACCACAUUUCUCAUCGCUGACAUCCGAGUUCCUGCCGAUCUCCAUGGACGAGAUAGAGGAGGUGUGGCUCACCCACGUGGGGCUGAUCCUGUCAGACAACAACGGGACGUGUGCCGUCAACACCUUCCAACUGUUCGCGCGACUCUACAGGAUCACCAGGAGAAGGUUCUACAACCUGACCAGAGAAUGUUGUAACUACCUGGGGGACAAGCUCCGAGGCAUUGCCUCACAGUUCCUGAAUAUGUUGGAGUUGCUGGUGUCACAGGCAGAGUGUCCUCACAUCUUCACCGACACAGAAACGAUCCUGUCAUGUAAGCUGCUGGAGAGGCACAAGUUUGCAGUGCUGGAGAUACAGGAGCACUACGACACCUACAUCUGCAAGAGGGACGCCACUGUCGAGUGUCUUGACAAGAUAAAGGAGUCGUUGAAAAGACAGUCCCUUGGAGAGGAGGCUGGAGGCAAUGGAGAACAGCAGCAAAUCGAGCUGUGUCGGCACCUGUACAAGCUGCACUUCCAGCUGCUACUGCUGUUCCAGAGUUACUCCAAGCUGGUCAAACUGCUAUCCACAGCGGCAAAUGCACCACAGGUGACAGACUUCUCCCGCGACGCGACGGACCUGAAGGCGCGGCUGCAGCAGGCCAUCUACGAUGUGGACAACGGGAGCGUGUCGCAGGUGGGGCAGGUGGACACGGUGUCGCUGUCACGCCAGGUGGCAGAGGACAGCCUGCUGGAGAACCUGAAGAACGGACAGCUGACCACCUGUGUACAGCUCAUCAGGGCAUUCAGGUCCAUGUGGCCCAACCUGGUGUUUGGUUCUGCGGAUGAGGAUGAUAUGGAGUACCUGCUGGCACUGUUCUGUAAACAUGUGGCCGACAACAAAACAGGUGUCCUUGUGAUGACCCGAGCGGAUACUGACCUCUCUGGCGUCUGUCAUCGGCUGAUGGAGGUCAACAUCCAGCUGCUGUCCUCCCUCAAGUUACUGGAACUCCCCCCAAAGUCUCCCCAAUCCUCCCCUUCCAGCCCAUCCCCAACUACCAACCUAUAGUAGCAGUUGUAGUAGAAAUGUUUAAUUUGCAAAGCAAAUGCAUAAUGUUUACCUUUGCAUAUGAUCUGCUCUGUUAAUUCUUACUCAAACACAUUCAUAUAAUAUAUUAUAUGGUG